CAGCGGAGCUGUAGCCGCAACAACAGCGCUCAGGAUCGGCCACACACCGGGCUGACAUGCCGUGGGGAUGAUGGCUGCCUUCGGCAUACUGUGCUACGAACACAGGCCUCUCAAACGGCCAAGACUCGGUCCUCCCGAUGUUUAUCCUCAAGACCCGAAACAAAAAGAGGAUGAGUUGACAGCAUUGAACGUCAAGCAGGGAUUUAACAACCAGCCAGCCGUAUCAGGCGAUGAACAUGGCAGUGCUAAAAAUGUCAAUUUUAACCCUUCAAAGAUCAGCUCGAACUUCAGCAGCAUCAUUGCGGAGAAGUUGCGCUGCAACACGUUUCUAGACACUGGGAAGAGAAAGCCACAGGUCAAUCAGAAGGAUAACUUCUGGCUGGUCACGGCUAGGUCGCAGAGCUCCAUCAAUAAUUGGUUUACAGACUUGGCUGGGACCAAACCUCUAACUCAGCUUGCUAAGAAGGUUCCAAUCUUCAGCAAGAAAGAGGAAGUGUUUGGCUACCUCGCUAAGUACUCUGUGCCGGUGAUGCGUUCUGCUUGGAUGAUUAAAAUGACUUGUGCAUAUCAUGCUGCCAUAACUGAAACCAAGGUGAAGAAAAGGCAUGUCAUUGACCCUUGCAUAGAAUGGACUCAGAUAAUUACCAAAUACCUUUGGGAGCAGCUGCAGAAGGUGGCAGAGUUUUACAGGCAAUCUCCCAGCCAGGGCUGUGGAUCUCCUCUGCCUGCUCCUCCUGCGGAGGUGGAAACUGCCAUGAAACAGUGGGAGUACAAUGAGAAACUAGCAAUGUUCAUGUUCCAGGAUGGCAUGUUAGAUAGACAUGAGUUCCUCACCUGGGUGCUGGAGUGCUUUGAGAAGAUCAGACCUGGAGAAGAUGAGCUCCUCAGAUUGCUGCUGCCACUCCUGUUACAGUACUCAGGGGAGUUUGUGCAGUCAGCCUAUUUAUCUAGACGGCUGGCUUAUUUCUGCACACGCCGCCUCAAUUUGCUGCUGAGUGAUGGCAGUCUCGGACCGGGUCCUGGCGGGCACACGGCACACGGCAUUUCAGCACAGCAAGGGAACCCUCUUCCACCUACCCCCACCUCCCAGCCUGCAGGGGGCAACCAGCCCCAGACCCCCUUCACUGACUUCUACAUCUGCCCUCAGCACAGGCCUGUGGUGUUUGGACUCAGCUGUAUGCUGCAGAGUAUUGUGUUGUGUUGCCCCAGUGCUCUGGUUUGGCACUACUCUCUGACAGAUAGCCGGAAUAAAACAGGCUCCCCAUUAGACCUACUGCCCAUCGCCCCCUCUAACCUGCCCAUGCCUGGGGGCAACAACACCUUUAACCAGCAGGUUCGGGUUAAGGUGAGGGAGAUUGAAGAGCAGAUCAAAGAGAGAGGACAGGCGGUGGAAUUCCGCUGGUCCUUUGACAAGUGUCAGGAAACAACAGCUGGUUUUACUAUCAGCCGAGUUUUGCAUACGCUGGAGGUCUUGGAUAACCACAGCUUUGAGAAGUCAGACUUCAGCAAUUCCCUGGAUUCGCUGUAUAACCGAAUCUUCGGCUCAGGACAGAGCAAGGAUGGACAUGAGAUGAGCCCAGACGAUGAUGCGGUGGUUACCCUGCUGUGUGAGUGGGCCGUUUCCUGUAAGAGGUCUGGGCCACACAGAGCCAUGGUGGUGGCCAAACUCCUGGAGAAGAGACAGACUGAGAUAGAGGCAGAGAGGUGCGGAGAGUCGGAAGUUGUAGAUGAGAAGGGUUCUGUGUCAUCAGGGUCUCUGUCUGCUGCCACUCUGCCUGUAUUCCAGGAUGUUCUACUGCAGUUUUUAGACACACAGGCCCCUGUGCUCACUGAGCCAGGGAAUGAGAGCGAGCGGGUGGAAUUUUCUAAUCUUGUCCUCCUCUUCUGCGAGCUCAUCCGCCACGACGUCUUCUCCCACAACAUCUACAUGUGUACUCUCAUCUCCCGUGGCGACCUGGCCUCCGACUCCCAUCUGCCUCGCCCACGCUCCCCCAGUGAUGAGCCCUCUGACGAAUCGGAGCGCAAAGAACAGGAUGCAGGAAGCAGCGUUAAAAUGGAGGAUACCGGCCUGUCAGAGUCAAUGGAGAUAGAUCACAACUCUAGUGCUAAUUUUGAUGAGCAGAUGUUUUCCCCUCCAAUGCACUGUGAGUCCAAGGGAAGCCCCUCCCCAGAGAAACCUGCCCCAGAGCAGGAGAGCAAAAACACUGCCAAGGACAAGGGCAUGGACCCUGCCUUCCCCCUGGUUUACGAGCAGCCCCGCCACAUACAGUAUGCCACUCACUUCCCUAUUCCUCAGGAGGAGAGCGCGAGUCAUGAGUGUAACCAGCGUCUGGUCGUUCUGUAUGGAGUCGGCAAGCAGCGAGACGAGGCUCGGCACGCCAUCAAGAAGAUCACCAAAGACAUCCUGAAAGUUCUCAACCGCAAAAGUACUGCAGAGACAGGAGGUGAGGAAGGACAGAAGAGGAAGAGAAGUAAACCGGAGGCCUUCCCCACAGCUGAAGACAUUUUCUCUAAAUUCCAGCACCUCUCACACUUUGACCAGCACCAGGUCACCUCUCAGGUGUCCAGGAAUGUUCUGGAACAGAUCACCAGCUUUGCCUUAGGGAUGUCCUAUCACCUCCCACUGGUCCAACACAUCCAGUUCAUCUUUGACCUCAUGGAAUACUCCCUCAAUAUUAGUGGCCUCAUUGAUUUUGCCAUACAGCUGCUGAAUGAAUUAAGUCUGGUGGAAGCAGAACUUUUGCUGAAAUCCUCCAACCUGGCGGGCAGUUACACUACUGGCCUAUGUUUGUGCAUUGUGGCUGUUCUGCGGAGAUAUCACUCCUGUCUCAUCCUCAACCCUGACCAAACAGCACAGGUCUUUGAUGGGCUGCGGAUUGUAGUGAAGUCUGGCGUGAACCCUGCAGACUGUUCCUCAGCAGAGCGCUGCAUCCUGGCCUAUCUGUAUGACCUCUACACGUCCUGCAGUCACCUGAAGAGCAAGUUUGGAGAGAUUUUCAGUGAGUUCUGCUCAAAGGUGAAGAAUUCCAUCUACUGGAACAUUGACCCGUCAGACUCAAACAUGCUGUGGGAUCAGAUGUUCAUGAUUGAUGCCAUCGCUAACCCCACCGCCCACAACCUCAACCACUCCAUGGUGGGAAAUAUCCUAAAUGACAGCCCAGCCAACCGAUACAGCUUUGUGUGUAACGUGCUCAUGGACGUCUGCGUAGACCACCGUGAUCCUGAGAGGGUGAAUGAUAUCGGUAUUCUGUGUGCGGAGCUGACGGCGUACUGCCGCUCUCUCAGUGCCGAGUGGUUGGGAGUUCUUAAGGCUCUCUGCUGCUCUUCAAACAACGGCAACUGUGGUUUCAACGAUCUGCUCUGCAACGUUGAUGUGAGUGAUCUGUCUUUCCACGAUUCACUGGCAACAUUCGUUGCCAUUCUGAUAGCUCGACAGUGUUUGUUGCUGGAGGAUCUGGUGCGCUGUGUGGCCAUCCCCUCCCUCCUAAAUGCAGCCUGUAGCGAGCAGGAUUCAGAACCUGGAGCCAGAUUGACCUGUAGGAUCCUUCUACAUCUGUUCAGAACCCCACAGCGCAAUCCCUGCACCCAAGAUGGCACCAAAUCAGAUAAAUCCACAGUGGGGAUCAGGUCAUCCUGUGAUCGCCAUCUGUUGGCUGCCUCUCAGAACAGCAUAGUGGUGGGAGCGGUGUUUGCAGUGUUGAAGGCUGUUUUCAUGCUGGGUGAUGCAGAGCUGAAGGGUUCUGGCUUCUCCCACCCUGCUGGUUUGGAUGACAUUGGAGAAGACGAUAUGGGCUCCAAAAAAUCCGGAGGCCGUAACGUGUCUAUAGAAACGGCCAGUCUAGUUGUUUACGCCAAGUAUGUGCUGAAGAGCAUCUGUCAGCAGGAGUGGGUAGGUGAGCGGUGUCUGAAGUCUCUAUCAGAGGACAGCAGUGCCCUGCAGGAUCCAGUUCUGGUGAACAUCCAGGCUCAGCGGUUACUGCAGCUCAUCUGUUACCCACACAGGCAGCUGGACAGCGAGGAGGGGGAGAAUCCUCAGAGACAGCGCAUUAAACGCAUCCUGCAGAACAUGGACCAAUGGACCAUGAGACAGUCCUCUCUCGAGCUCCAGCUCAUGAUCAAGCAAAGCACAAAUAAUGAGCUGUACUCGCUACUGGAGAACAUAGCCAAGGCUACCAUUGAAGUUUUCCAGAAGUCUGCAGAGAUGAACUCAAGUAACCCCUCCUGGAAUGGCACUGCUGUUGCUGGAACCUCCGUCUCCAACAGCAACAUCGCCAGCAAACUCAAACCUGUGCUCAGUUCCUCUGAGCGUUCAGGUGUGUGGUUAGUGGCUCCUCUUAUUGCUAAGCUUCCCACCUCAGUGCAGGGUCACGUGCUGAAGGCCGCAGGUGAAGAACUGGAGAAGGGUCAACACCUCGGGCCUUCUUCACGCAAAGAGAGAGAUCGGCAGAAACAGAAAAGUAUGUCUCUCCUGAGCCAGCAGCCUUUCCUGUCUCUGGUGCUUACGUGUCUCAAGGGACAAGAUGAGCAGAGAGAGGGUCUCCUGACAUCCCUUUACAGCCAAGUACAGCAGAUUGUGACUAACUGGCGUGAGGACCAGUACCAGGAUGACUGCAAGGCCAAACAGAUGAUGCAUGAGGCCUUGAAGCUGCGGCUCAAUCUGGUGGGCGGGAUGUUUGAUACAGUGCAGCGUAGCACACAGCAGACGACAGAGUGGGCGGUGCUUCUGCUGGACAUCAUCAGCAGUGGCACAGUGGACAUGCAGUCGAACAAUGAGCUCUUCACAACAGUGUUAGACAUGCUGAGUGUGCUGAUUAAUGGCACUCUGGCAGCUGACAUGUCCAGCAUCUCUCAGGGCAGCAUGGAGGAGAAUAAGAGGGCCUAUAUGAACCUGGUCAAGAAGCUCAGGAAAGAACUUGGUGAUCGUCAGUCAGAGAGCUUGGAGAAAGUGAGGCAGUUGCUGCCUCUACCCAAACAGACUCGUGAUGUCAUCACCUGUGAGCCCCAGGGCUCACUCAUUGACACCAAGGGCAACAAGAUUGCAGGAUUUGAAAAAGAGGGUCUUCAGGUAUCAACCAAGCAGAAGAUUUCUCCAUGGGAUGUGUUUGAGGGGCUAAAGUACUCUGCUCCGCUCUCCUGGGGUUGGUUCGGAACUGUGCGAGUGGACCGCAAGGUCACAAAGUUUGAGGAGCAACAGAGGCUCCUCCUUUACCACACCCAUCUAAAGCCCAAACCACGCAGUUAUUAUCUUGAGCCCCUCCCCCUGCCACCAGAGGAGGAGGAGCCUCCCACGCCGGUAGUACCAGAGCUAGACAAGAAGGUGGAUCCAGGGAAGCCGGAAAAGAGCGUCUCCAGUGUCGCACCUGACCCUAAUAAGAAGAAAAAGAAAAAGAAACCAUCAUCUGCCAAUAAACAAGAGGACUACAAGCCUCAUAAUCCAGGAGUAAUGCAGAACACGUCAGGUAUGGGCACUGAUUUUAUGAGCAUGGGGCAACCGAACAUGUCUUUCAGGAUGGGUUACCCUCCUCAGAUUAACAUUUAUGCCCAGAACCAGCCUCUACCACCAGGAGGUCCUGGUUUAGAGCCCCCUAUCCGUCCCAGGGCUCCCAUGGGCAAAAUGAUUCCGGCACGUCCCAACACAUACACAAUGACUAAUAUGCAGGGUGGAAUGGGCAGUAUAAUGGGGAUGGAGAAGCCGAACCAAAUGGGCUAUAAACCCCAACCCAGCAUGCCUCCGGGCCAGAUCCGUCAGCAGCUACAGGUUAGACUGAAUCAUAAUCAUUUGCUUGGACAGCAGAUAAGACAGGUGGCCCCCAAUCAACAGUAUCCAUCAAUGCCACUGACACAGGGCUACACCUCUUAUGGCGCACACAUUGGGAUGCAGCCACACCCCUCUCAGACUGCUGGAAUAGUUUCUACCUCAUAUGGUAACCAGGGCUUCCAGGGAGUGCAUCCUGGUACGAACCCCGGUAUGGUGGACCCUCUUAGGCAAAUGCAGCAGAGACCUAGUGGCUACGUCCAUCAGCAGGCUCCUGGAGUAUAUGCACACACAAUGCAAAACGCACAAAGGUUUCCCCAUCAGUCAAUGCCGCAGGCGCCUAUGAUGGCUCAAGGUCACAUGGGAGCACAGGGCAUACAUCCCAGCAUGAGACCCAAUCAAAUGAUGGACCAGCAACAGCAGCAGCAGCAGCAGCAGCCCCAGCAGCAACAACAGCAAAUGAUCAGACAGCAUUCAGCGCUUAGACAAGUUCAACAGCAGCAGGUUCAGCAACAGUUGCAACAACAGCAGGUUCAACAACAGCAGGUUCAGCAGCAGGUCCAAACUCAACAGGUGCAGCAGCAGCAGCAGCAGCAGGUGACAUCUGCCCAGCCACCCGCUCUGGGCAUGCAGCCUCUGCCUCCACAGCAGCCCAUGUUCCCGAGGCAAGGCAUGCAGCAAACCCAGCAGCAGCAGCAGACUGCAGCACUUGUCCGGCAGCUCCAGCAGCAGCUCUCAAAUACGCAACCUGGACAGAACACCAACUCGUAUUACUGAGUGUGUGUAUGCAUUUCACAGAUUGGGUCUGUCUCCACAGUAGCAGAUUCUCUGUGCUAUGGACCUCUCUAAAAGAUGCCAACACGGCUGUAUCUGAAGUAGAAUCAAACAUUGUUUUUCAGACAUGUAUUUCUGAAAUCCAUAGAGGGUUUGUUCUGUGACACAUUGACUGAGGUGUACAAUGGAAGAGUUUAUGUAAAAAAGAAGUACAGGAAAUUAUAAGAAUAAUGCAACAUUUUUUAAUUUUAUUUCACUUUGUACAAUUUUCAGUUUCCUGUAUUUCUCAUAAAAAAAAAAAAUCAUGUCAGUUUUUAUGCCUUGUCUUACAUUUUGCGUACUUGUACAAACACAAAAAUUGAAACAUUAUCGUUUGCUCAAGAAGCUUCAAUGAUCUUUGUCUCCAUCCAAUGUUCCAUCCAAAGUAGUUUGCAGGGAUAAAUCUCACAAAACCUGUCAAGAACUGGUCCAGUCAUAUUUUACCCCAAAAUAAUAAUAAUAUAUUAUUAUAUAUUAUGUAUUUUGCUUAAAAUUAUGCCUAUUUUUAGGAAUAUUAAGAUUUUAACAAGGCAAAAGGUCUUAAUGGUCCUAAAAAAAAUAGGCUUAAUUUCCUUUAUUCAAAAUAUCAUAUUUUUUUCUUUUGGGGUUAAAUGUGACCAGGACAUGUUUUUAUGACAUUUGAAUGCAGGUAACUCAUCACCCCCAUUUAUUGUUGUUUAAAGGGAUAGUUCACCCAAAAAUGAAAAAUCUCUCAUCAUUUACUCACCCUCAUGCCAUCCCAGAUGUGUAUGAAUUUACUUUCUUCUUCUGAGCAAAUAUGAAGAUUUUCAGAAGAAUAUUUCAGCUCUGUUGAUCCAUACAAUACAAAUGAAUGGUU